AUGGAGCUAUACAUUAUGCGAAUGGUAGCUCGAGAAUACGGACGCAGGCUUACACGGCAUCUGCAGGUCAACAAGAAGUUCAGCGCAAGCUACAAAGCCACUAUUGGUGCCGAUUUCCUGACCAAGGAAGUGCUAGUCGAUGACAGGCUGGUAACGAUGCAGCUUUGGGACACUGCCGGUCAGGAGCGCUUCCAAUCGCUCGGCGUUGCCUUUUACCGUGGUGCCGACUGCUGCGUGCUGGUAUACGACGUGAACAAUUCGAAGAGUUUCGAUACUCUAGACAGCUGGAGGGAUGAGUUCCUGGUUCAGGCUAGCCCGAUGGACCCGGAGAGCUUCCCCUUUGUCGUCAUUGGCAACAAGAUCGAUGUCGAGGAGAGCAAAAGGAUGAUCUCAUCUAAGCGCGCCAUGGCGUUCUGCCAAUCGAAAGGCGGCAUCCCCUACUUCGAGACCAGUGCUAAAGAGGCCAUCAACGUUGAACAAGCUUUUGAAGUUAUCGCCCGACAAGCCCUAGCACAAGAGGACGUAGGUGACUUCAGCAACGACUUCCCCGAGACAAUUCCGAUUGACCUCAAGGGCAACGAAGGCGGUUGCGCAUGCUAG